AUGAAUUUUCUCUUUCUCUAUCGCUAUCCAUCUUUCUUUCUUUUUUCUUUCUUUCUUUUUUCUAUUUAUUUCGGGUUGUAUUUGUUUGUAUAUUUCUUACACUUUUUAUUUUUCCUUUUAUCUUUAUUUCUUAAUUUCUCUUUUUCUCUCUGCCAAUCUUUUGCUUUCCAUUCCAUUUCCCCUUUCUCACAUAAUCUUUCUUUCAUUCUUUCAUUUUUCUGUUUCUCUCGCUCUCUAUGCGUGUCUAUUUUUCUUAGAUUUUCUAUUUUCCUUCAAUCUUACUUUACCCCUCUUACUUUUUUCUCUAUAUCCGCCACAAUUUUCUUUUCUCUUUCAUUCUCUCUUUCUCUCAGUGUCUUUCUUUCUUUCUUUCUUUCUUUGCCUCUCUAUCCUUCUGUUUUUACUUCCAUAUCAUUAUCUUUCUUUCUGUCUAUCACUCUUUACUCUCACUUUUACACUUUCUCUCUAUUCUUAUCUUUCACUCUAUCUAUUUAUUUUCGUCUCUGCCUUUCUCGUUCUUACUCUUUCUAUUUUAAUUCCACCCCUAUUCAUUCUUCUUUCUUUCUUUUUCUAUCUCCUUUACUCCUUUUCCCAAUCUCUUUUUUUCCCUAUCUGUAUUUUUGUCUCUUUCUUUUCUCUUUUCCCUUCUUCUGUCACUUUAUUUCUCUUUUUAUCUCUCUCUCUUUCUUACUCUCUUUCCUCUUCUAG